GAUAUGUUGUUAAUCUGUGAUACGCCUGCCCAAGAUAUUUGUAUUCGGAAGAUGCAGAAACUAUAUCACAAACAAAUAUCUUCCAAGACCAUUAGAUCCACUAGUUAUUUGUCGUUCAACCAUCGCAGUGAUCCAAAGAAAAAUUACUUGGUAUUUGGAACCCGUAAUUCAAACAUCGGAGGAAGUCCUUAUAUUGUGGCAGUUGAUCUCGAUGGUGAAUUAAUUUGGGUUACGUUACUUGAUAAACAUCAUCAUGCUAUUAUAACUCAAUCUGCUACAAUUUUGAUGGUCAUGGAGUUUGCUAAAUUAGAUCUAAAAACUGGCUCUGCUCCACCUAUUGAUCUCGAAAAUAAUUUGGUUUAUAUUGCUACUGGGAAUAAUUAUGGUGUUCCAUUAGAUGUGAUUAUCCUAAUAAUUAUUUUGACGCAAUUCUUGCAUCAACAUGAAUACGGGAGAGAUAAGAUGGUCAAGAAAAACGGCAGAAACAGAUGUUUGGACAGUUUCUUGUCUUGA